GUCACGGUAACAGCAAGUUUCCCAUUAUAUAAUGCCAGAAAGCCAUGAAUUUCUAAGUAGGCCAAGAACCACAGAAUGUAGUCAACAUUGACCAGAUUUCAUGAAGGAACACUGAGGGAAAAGGUGCUUUAGAUUUUAUUUUUAGUGAGCCAGAUGUAAAAGGGAUAGGGAAAAACCUUUUUUCCAGGUAUACAUUUUUUUUCCAAAAUUGUCAUUCUCUAUUCUUGCUUCCUUUGAUACAAUAAUUUUCUAUUGUCACAGGAAUCUUAAAAUUCCGGACUGCAACAGUUAAGAUUGAAAAGUACAUGACAAUGGUAACACAUAUAUGAAGCAUUAGAAAAUAUAGAGAACUCUUUAUUUAACUGUUAUCACGCAGGCUUUGCACAGUAAAAAUCUAGCAAAAAAUAACUAGUUAAGCUGCUUCAUAGGAUAUCAAUGGCAUUAUUGCCUUAAUAUGGUUUUUGCGCUGCAAAAAAACUGUGGCAAUCCAGCAAAAUAUUUUCGCGAUGCUAAAUUUGCAGUGAGGUAUUCAGACAUGCCUUUCCUCCAGUUAUAUCUACUCCAAGAUUUUCUGAAGUGUUGUCAAUUAUUUGUGAUGAAGCUUCUCGAUCUUGUGGAGCUUAAACUGAAGGAACUUAUUACAAGGGAACCUACUCUUCUUGUCAUGGUGGUCGGUGUUCCUAAUGUCGGAAAAUCAGCUUUAAUCAAUUCCAUCCAUCAAAUAGCAUUAUCUCGAUUUCCAGUGCAGCAGAAGAUGAACAGAGCUACAGUGGGGCCUUUGCCUGGUGUUACUCAAGAUAUUGCUGGAUAUAAGAUUGCGCAUCAACCUAGCAUAUAUGUGUUGGACACUCCAGGAGUGCUGGUUCCAAGUAUUCCAGACAUAGAAACGGGGUUAAAGCUGGCUCUAGCAGGGUCCGUCAAAGAUUCAGUAGUUGGUGAGGAGCGAAUUGUUCAAUACCUGUUGGCAGUUCUAAACUCUCGAGGAACUCCUCUUCAUUGGAGACACUUGAUUGGCAGGGAAUCUGAGGGCCUUCAUCAUGAGUUGGAUGACAAACCUGAAUAUAAUCUCAAGGAUCUUCUACCAAAAAGAAGGAAGCCGCCCAACAAAUCCGAUAUCUACUACAUCGAGGAUAUGGUUAGCGAAGUCCAACGCACACUUUGCACCACACUCUCGGAAUUUAAUGGUAGUUUGGAAGAUGAAGAUAACUUGGAGACUUUGAUAGAUCAACAAUUUGAAGCAUUGCAAAGUGCUCUGAAGAUACCUUAUAAGGCAUCAGAAGCUCGCACGAUGGUGUCAAAAAAAUUUCUCACUCUGUUUAGAACAGGCAAACUUGGUCCUUUCAUCCUGGAUGAUGUCCCUGAUGCAUCUGAUUCUGCAUCUUGAAACUCCCAUCUGUAACGUAUCAUUAAUGUCUAAUAUGAUAAUUUUGUACCAUAAUUUUCUUGAAUACUUUACCCCUUAUCAACACUGGCUCAGGUUUGUGAAUCUAGUACUAGUUUUGAAAGCUUUCUUAAUUAACAUAUCUGCACUAGUCUCCAUGUUGUAUUAUUCA